UCGAAUCUCUGUUGUGAGUCCACUUCCGGUUUGAUGACGGUGUCCUGUAAAAUUAACAUUUAGUCAGUACAUUUGUGUGUGUGUUUUUACCUCACAGAGUUGAGAGUCGUUUCUGGGGUGUACAAGUAAAAAACCUCCAAGAUGACUGAUUCCAAAUAUUUCACAACCACCAAGAAAGGUGAGAUAUUUGAGCUGAAGGCCGAGCUCAACUCCGACAAGAAGGAGAAGAAGAAGGAGGCUGUAAAGAAGGUCAUCGCCAGCAUGACUGUGGGCAAGGAUGUCAGUGCUCUGUUCCCGGACGUGGUCAACUGUAUGCAGACCGACAAUCUGGAGCUGAAGAAGCUGGUCUACCUGUACCUGAUGAACUACGCCAAGAGUCAGCCAGAUAUGGCCAUCAUGGCCGUCAACACGUUUGUCAAGGACUGUGAGGACUCAAACCCUCUGAUCCGGGCCCUGGCGGUGCGGACAAUGGGGUGUAUCAGAGUGGACAAGAUCACUGAGUACCUGUGUGAGCCCCUGCGCAAGUGUCUCAAGGACGAGGAUCCCUAUGUGAGGAAGACUGCUGCGGUGUGCGUCGCCAAACUCCAUGACAUCAACGCCCAGCUGGUGGAGGACCAGGGCUUCCUUGACCUCCUUCGUGACCUCCUCUCGGACUCCAACCCUAUGGUUGUAGCUAACGCUGUUGCCGCAAUCUCCGAGAUCCUGGAUGCCUCACCCUCGGCUCACCAGGUGCUUGAGAUGAACUCUGGCACCAUCAACAAGCUCCUCACAGCUCUUAACGAGUGCACAGAGUGGGGUCAGGUGUUUAUCUUGGAUUCCAUCUCCAACUAUACACCAAAUGAUGACAAAGAAGCCCAGAGUGUGUGUGAGAGAGUGUCUCCCCGCCUGGCACACGCCAACGCAGCUGUGGUUCUGUCGGCUGUCAAGGUGAUCAUGAAGUAUAUCGAGAUGCUGGACCCCCACAGUGACUAUGUGACCCUGCUGGUGAAGAAGCUGUCCCCACCCCUCGUCACCCUCCUGUCUGCUGAGCCCGAGAUACAAUAUGUCGCCCUCCGAAACAUCAACCUCAUUGUGCAGAAGAGGGGAGACAUCUUGAAGAAUGAGAUGAAGGUGUUCUUCGUGAAGUACAACGACCCGAUCUACGUGAAGCUGGAGAAACUGGACAUCAUGAUCAGACUGACCAACCAGGGCAACAUCGCACAGGUUCUGGCGGAACUCAAGGAGUACGCAUACAGAGGUAGAUGGGACUUUGUGAGGAAGUCUGUGCGAGCCAUCGGCCGUUGUGCCAUCAAAGUGGAGCAGGCUGCUGAACGCUGUGUGAGCACGCUCCUUGACCUGAUCCAGACAAAGGUCAACUAUGUUGUGCAGGAGGCCAUCGUCGUUAUAAAGGAUAUUUUCCGUAAAUACCCCAACAAGUAUGAGAGCAUCAUCGCCACUCUGUGUGAAAACCUGGACACACUGGAUGAACCUGAAGCAAGGGCAUCCAUGAUCUGGAUUAUUGGAGAGUAUGCUGAACGCAUUGACAAUGCUGAUGAGCUGCUUGAGAGCUUCCUGGAGGGAUUCCAGGAUGAAAACGCACAGGUUCAGCUGCAGCUGUUGACAGCUAUAGUGAAGCUGUUCUUGAAGAGACCAACAGACACCCAGGAGCUGGUGCAGCAAUGUUUUACUUUGUGUUUUCAGGAUAGUGACAACCCCUGAUCUUAAGUGACCCGUGGUUACAUCUACUGGUCGCUGCUGUCCACGGACCCUGCUGCAGCCAAGGAGGUGGUCCUGGCGGAGAAGCCUCUCAUCUCAGAGGAAACUGACCUGAUUGAACCUACACUCCUUGACGAGCUCAUCUGUCACAUCUCCAGCCUGGCUUCAGUCUAUCACAAGCCUCCAAAUGCAUUUGUAGAGGGGCGGCAAGGAUACAGGCUCUCACUGCCACCACGGUCACAGUCUGGUAAUCUGGGUGAAGAGGUGCCAGGCGACACACCCAGCCAGCAGGCGGCUGCUGUUCCCCAGGCGACUGUCAUCCCUGGAGCAGACUCCCUCAUCGGCGACCUCCUGGACAUGGACCUGGACAUGGACCUGGGCGGCCCCACACAGUACCAGCAGCAACAACAGCAGCAGAUGUUCACCACACCAGCACAGCAGAUCUCCACAUCCAAUAUGGACUUCCUCGGGGAAGGUCUGGACAGUCUGCUUGGUCCAAAUCUAGGUGGGGAUACAUUAGGAGGUCUAGGUGAUAUAUUUGGUUCAGCACAGUCACAGUCCUACGUUCCACCUCAAGAGGUAUGGUUAACUGCGGCUAAGGGGAAGGGGAUGGAGAUGACAGGUACAUACGCACGACGCUCCGGCCAGAUAUACAUGGAGCUCACAUUCACCAACAAAGCCAUGCAGGCCAUGGCAGAGUUUGCAGUACAGUUCAACAAAAAUAGUUUUGGUCUGACGCAAUCCCAGCCGCUUCAGAUCCAAAGCCCCCUUCCCCCCAACAGUACAGCGAGCACGUCCCUGCCGCUAGGUACUAGUGGUGCCGUACAGAAGAUGGACCCUCUCAUGAAUCUACAGGUUGCCAUUAAGAACAACAUUGGCGUGUUUUACUUCAGCACAGCUGUGCCUCUGCAUGUGUUGUUCGUUGAGGAUGGUGAGAUGGACAAGAAGGAGUUUUUGGCCACAUGGAAGGAGAUCCCAUCCACCAACGAGGUCCAGUACACCAUCAAUAAUGUGCAACACAACGCAGACACAGUGUCCCAGAAGCUGAGGAACAGCAAUAUCUUCACGAUCGCCAAGCGGAACGUUGAGGGCCAAGACAUGCUGUAUCAGUCUCUCAAACUCACCAACGGCAUCAAGGUGUUGGCCGAACUGAAGAUUCAACCAGGCAAUCCUUCAUUCACGCUGUCACUCAAGUGCCAAACAACAGACAUCUAUUCUGGAGUACAACAGUCAUAUGACACCAUCCUGCACAACUAAACGCAACCUGCCACGGGGUGUGGCGGUGUCGCAGCGGAGGUGGAGGAGGACAACGUGUGUGGUUGUUGUCGGCCAUGGAGUCGGUGAUGACUCAGAUCUGAAUGUCGGAGACCACAAACCAACUACUGCUUAGCAGCCUGUUUACAAGUGGUGUUCAUAUUUUAUGUUAACUUUGUCAGAUUCAGGCCUCCAAGUACCAGCCAAACAUUAAAUCUGAAACAUAAAUUUCAUAUACAAAUACUGUUUAAAUGAAUCAUAUUCACUGACUUGAAAUGUGAGUACAUAGUAUGCUUUUGAAAUAUGAAAUUCUUUAUAACUUAAAUUCAGCUUGUACUAUUUUCAGUACAGACAUUAUUUUGUGUAUUUUACACAUCGUUUACUCCAAAAUGACAAAUAACUGCUCCUGAAGAUUUUGAGGAUCAAUUUGCUUUCCCUCCGAAAAAAAGUUAACUUGGAGGCGUGAGGUUUGACACAGGCCAGCAUGGUAAAUCAAGGAAUUAAUGCUAAAUUAGCAUGAGUCACGACCACUAGCGGAAAAUGUAUCAUGAAAUUAAUGUGAAAAGCCCUGCUUUUCUAUGACUGCUUUUGAUUUGUCAGACAUUUUUACAUCGUAAUUAAGCAAUGUUUUGAUUGUCAUAGUGAGUUUUUAGAUUACCACAUAUUACCGAAGAUAAGCCAAGUUUUGGGGACUGAAAAAGGCAGUCCAUAGAAGGUGGGGUCAGGGUCUCAACAGGUUACUCUUUUGUCGAACUUUUUUUUUUGAGAGAACAUCAUAUGGCUACGUGUGAACGAACAAGAGAAAACGACUUUGUUAGUGAAGACGACAAAAUUUGUAUCUGAUAGGUCACAAGCAACACUGUCAUAAAUAGAAGCACCGUCUAAAUCUAGGUCUCAAAUACGUUAUUACGUUAUUUAUUGUGAGGUCUGUUCUGUCAUUGUUUCCAGGUGAGUGCAGUGAAUCUGACAGGAACAUAUUCCAGUAUGUCCAGAUGAAAACAUGUCACUUCGCUAAUUCAAGGGACUUUUUGCAUCCAUUUCCUGAUACUGCAGCUUUCUGGGUACUUGCAGUGUAAAGCACUCUGAGCAUUGUAUGUUCCGCUUAUUGUCACCACUAGUUAAUUACAAUGUCUAGUAAAUCAACAUUCCAAAAUGAUUAGGGAAUUAUGGUACAGUAGGCUUGUUAAUUGUUGUUGUUUAAGAAUAUUUUGGAUUACAAAUCUGUGGUCAAGAUGAAUACUCUCUCACUUAGCCUGUUUAUGUCACUGUGAACCUGCAGUUUUAUUACCUAUGUUACGCAUUAUUGUACAUACAUGAAAUAAAUGAUAUAUACAUCUUU